AUGUCCGAGAACUGCGAGCAACCUUACUAUCAGAAAGACCACUCAGAGAAAAAAAUCAGGAUCAUCCUCGCAAUACCAUGCGGAGCUAUAAAACGAAAUUUCUGGAUCCUACGCUGGCGUCUAUUCGGCAACCAGGACAUCACGUGGCGGGAUGAUGAUCUGACAUGGUCUCAGUUGGUGAUUGAGGCGGAGAUCGAAGCACAUUGGGCACUGCAGAGACAGAUCUAUCUCCAGGAGGAGGUCAAGGCUUUGGAAAAGACAUUAUUGGCCUUGGGAUCGGAUGACACUGGAGCCACUGAGUCGCUGCUUUUGGUAUUUGAAACGGAGCUCGAGGAUCUGAAGCAUAGCUUCAAAGAUCGCGCACCAAGACUCUGGGAGUUAGAAGGGGGCAUGCCUGUUGGGACGCUGGAGCGAGAUUUUAGGACAUGCAGGAAUAAUCCGGACUGGUAUUUGUGCAGGUUCCUGCGCCAGGAUUGUGCUGGUUGUGGGGAUUGUUGCGCGCGAGGUUGUGGAUGCUGUGAUAAUAAAAAUCGAGGGCACUGUACGACUGCUUGUGGUUGUUGUAUUCGCACCCAUGGGCGCUCUGGGGAUCUAGAGGACGGGGACUUGGAUCUCAGAGGCGGUUCCUUUGUGCGUACAUUUGGGGGUUGAGUUUUGUGGAUGAGCUGGGUUUGGCGAACUAUUGGUGUUGAUGGCGCUACAUGAUAUGCCUCGCUUUUAUAUUGGAAUGAUUUCAUGGCUAUCUUCACCUUCUCUUCUUUCUGUUACCGGUCGAUUUCCAGUAUAGUGUCCCAUCCGCAGCCUUGUGUAGCCUCGACAAGCUAGGAACGGCCCUGAAAGAUAGUAGUUUUUUUGCUUCGACUACAUAUUGAGGUAAUGUCUGACAUCCGGUUAGCCUCGUCGCAUGAUUGGAAUCUUCAUAUACUGCCCCUCGCCAUGAUGUUCUCGUUACGUUUUAGUUUCCUCUCAUAUACCACACAGAUAUGGUAUGCAGCCCUCAGGGGUCAACAAACCCAUAAAAAUAGAACAUGGCAUACAUGCCUUCAAGGAAGGGGAGCGAACCAUGCAAUUAUCAUACUAAACAAACCGAAAUGCUGGGCAUCUUUCAGGUCCGGUCCUAAUCACUUUAUAGGGAAUGUAUC